CCCAUUUCAACAAAUCGGUUUGGGGUUUUUUUUUUUUCGUUACAGGUUUUGAAAGGGACUGGUUGCUUCAAGGCACAGAUAGGAGCAUGCUACAAUGCGUGUAAAUCUUGGGAAAUUAUUCCAAAUAUGGAAUAUUUGUUCCAGGAUUGCAGCAGAAAUCUGCAUCUGACUUUUUUGGUGCUGUUUUUUACGUUUCUUCUAGUCGUGAGAAUUUUGGGGCAUGCUGCAGGCCACUCCUGGUGCUUUCAUGGUGAGCAAACCUGUUCUGUCGGUCCUGUCUCGGGGAUCUGCUGUCGUGACCUGGCACGUCGAGGAGGAAUGGCUCCGGUUUGUGGCCUAGGCUGUGUCAGGAUGAAUCAAAGGCUGAUGCGCAGACGCUUCUCUGACGCAGCCGGGAGUUGCCCAGCAGUGCUGGCCCGGAGCCAGCCCGGCCUUCUGGCGGUGUCGGAGGCCACCGAUCCGCCGGAGCGCAGGCUUUGGGAGCACCCCAGCUGGCAGCUUCUCUUCCAGCAGGAUCAUAGCGUUUUCCUGCAAGGAAACUGCCCCGGGACUACCCAGACCCUAAGACCUGAGUUUCUGCUCAUCCUCAAAGCUCAAGUGUCUAAGAGCAUACACAUAUUCGGGAUCCCGGUGAACAAAGGCGCCCGCCUCUGUGCUUGUGGACAUGCUGCAGAAGGAUUUUUUUUUUUAGCCAGUUUACCCACCCGCCCGGAGGCGAUUCCGGAGGCGAGCCCUGCAAGGAGCUGUACGCACCCUGGAUCUCUGCAGUGCAUUUUGUGGCAGGACACGCUUCCGUAACGCCGGACCUGGCAGCUGGGCAGCUCUCGGGAGGCCGAACAUCUUGUCAAGUUUCUAGCUUUAUGGUGGAAGAGUAAAUGUCUGCUUGCCAGUGUGAUUUAUCUGAGUCACUCUGGGAGAGGCGCGGAGCAAUCGGAGCGUGACUAGUGGCAUAAAUAAAGAGCGGGACCCUUCCUGAGGGCAGCGUUACUCUUGCUGCCUUUCAGAGGAGAGCUGCUGCGCCGUAACCAACUGCUGCUGCUCAUUGCCGGGUGCGAUGCUGUGAGCGGAGACCUCACGCGCGGCGCUCCGGUCCGGCGUGAUGCUCCUUUGCAUUUCAGCUUGGAGUUACAGUGAGCGGAGCAAGGAAGGGCAAGGAAAAGUUCCACAGU